CCCAAGGGAGGCUGCUGUUAAACCUUCAUCCCUACCAGCGGAGCUCUCACUUCAUACGGGAGAGAGAAGCUGGGACCGCACUGCCAGCUCCUGCCUUCCGGAUCCUAGGUGAGUUCUUGACCGCGACAGCGCUGUGGCGAACAUGGCACCCAAGAAGAAGGCUAUCAAAAAGAACAAAGCAGAGAUCAACGAGAUGACCAUCAUCGUAGAAGACAGCCCCCUAAACAAGCUGAGUGCUCUAAACGGGCUCCUAGAAGGCAGCAACAGCCUUAGCUGUGUCUCUUCCGAGCUAACAGACACUUCCUAUGGCCCCAACCUCCUGGAAGGUUUAAGUAAAAUGCGGCAAGAGAGCUUCCUCUGUGACUUAGUCAUUGGUACCAAAACCAAAUCCUUUGAUGUUCAUAAAUCAGUCAUGGCUUCGUGCAGUGAAUACUUUUACAACAUCCUUAAAAAGGAUCCAUCAACGAAACGGGUGGACCUCAAUGAUAUCGCCCCCUUAGGCCUAGCCACGGUGAUUGCGUACGCAUACACAGGGAAGCUGACCCUCUCUCUGUACACAAUAGGAAGCAUCAUCUCUGCUGCCGUGUACCUUCAGAUCCACACUCUUGUAAAGAUGUGCAGCGAUUUUCUGAUACGAGAGAUCAGCGUUGAGAACUGCAUGUAUGUUGUUAAUAUCGCCGAAACGUAUUGCUUGAAAAACGCCAAAGCGACAGCCCAGAAAUUUAUCCGGGAUAACUUCAUCGAAUUUGCAGAAUCAGAGCAAUUUAUGAAGCUUACCUUUGAACAAAUUAAUGAGCUUCUCAUAGACGAUGACUUGCAGUUGCCUUCUGAGCUAGUAGCGUUCCAGAUUGCAAUGAAAUGGCUAGAGUUCGACCCCAAGAGAGUGAAGCACGCAGCAGAUCUUCUAAGUAACAUUCGAUUUGGUACCAUUUCUGCACAAGACCUGGUCAAUUAUGUUCAAACUGUACCAAGAAUGAUGCAAGACGCCGAUUGCCAUAAACUGCUCGUGGAUGCUAUGAACUACCACUUACUACCUUAUCAUCAAAACACGUUGCAAUCUCGGCGAACAAGAAUUCGAGGCGGCUGCCGAGUUCUCAUCACUGUUGGGGGACGCCCUGGCCUGACUGAGAAGUCCCUUAGUAGAGACAUUUUGUAUAGAGACCCUGAAAAUGGAUGGAGCAAGCUCACAGAAAUGCCAGCCAAGAGUUUUAACCAGUGUGUGGCUGUGAUGGAUGGAUUCCUUUAUGUAGCUGGUGGUGAGGACCAGAAUGACGCAAGAAACCAAGCCAAGCACGCUGUCAGCAAUUUCUGCAGGUACGAUCCUCGCUUCAACACCUGGAUCCACCUGGGCAGCAUGAACCAGAAACGCACGCACUUCAGCCUGAGCGUGUUCAACGGGCUCCUGUACGCGGUGGGCGGCCGCAACUCGGAGGGCAGCCUGGCUUCGCUGGAGUGCUACGUGCCCUCUACCAACCAGUGGCAGCCCAAGGCGCCCCUCGAGGUGGCACGCUGCUGCCACGCCAGCGCCGUGGCCGACGGUCGCGUGAUCGUGACGGGCGGCUACAUCGGCAGCGCAUACUCGCGCUCCGUGUGCGCCUAUGACCCCGCGCACGACGCGUGGCAGGAGCUGCCCGAGCUGAGCACGCCGCGAGGAUGGCACUGCGCGGUGGCCUUGGGCGACAGGGUGUACGUGAUGGGGGGCAGCCAGCUGGGGCCGCGCGGGGAGCGCGUGGACGUGCUCACGGUGGAGAGCUUUAGCCCCGCAGCGCGCCAGUGGAGCUUCGUGGCACCGCUGCCCGUGGGCGUGAGCACGGCGGGAGUCUCCGCGCUGCACGGGCGCGCAUACCUGCUGGGCGGUUGGAAUGAGGGCGAGAAGAAGUACAAAAAAUGCAUCCAGUGCUUCAACCCCGAGCUCAACGAGUGGACGGAGGACGACGAGCUGCCCGAGGCCACCGUGGGCGUGUCCUGCUGCACACUGGCCAUGCCCAACAGCGUGUCCCGCGAGUCACGGGCCAGCUCGGUGUCCUCCGUACCGGUCAGUAUCUGAACGCAUUGCUUCCCAGAGGCCUGUCGUCAGACUGCGAGUGGGCCACAAGGAAAAUAUACAGCGUUUACUACAGUGAUGGCGACUCAAAGCGAUCUAGAGGAAUGUCCGGGAGGCUCUAAAUUCGUAGUUUGGUAUCAUCUACCUCAGUCUUUCCCCACCUUCCACCAACAAAAUAAAGGGCUGUAGGCGACAGAAGUAAUUUCGUUCUGCAGCCACUGGGUGGCAAAUGGAGUUUGUUGCAGGCACUGUUCCAAAGAGUCCCGCUUCCUAAAUUCCUAGCAGUUACUUGUUGAGAUUUUUUUUUCCUGCACUGUACACGUAAAAACUUGAAUGACUAUGCAAUUUCCUAUUCAAAGAUGUCUUUUCUUCUCUGCUUCUUUUGGGGGAGUUGAAAAUACUCAUUUCAAAUUUUCAAAUGAAAAUAGUUUAUACCCAUAAAGACUUAAUUUGUAUAAUUCAACAUAAAAAAUUUCUUUCCCCCUCCUUGAGUAAAAAGAACUUUUAAGGACAUCUCGUGUUAGAGUCAGAAGGCUUUAAACAAGGUGUGGCCGGAAAGCAACACAUCCUACUGGGAGACAGUAAGGCAGCAGUUUGUGGUUAAUGGCGUGUACCCUCAUCCUCCGGAAGCUACAAUCAUUUUCUAUCAUAAAAUCCUACUCUCAGAAGAGGAGCGGUUUCCAGUCGUUUAAUUUAUAAGGCAAAUUUAAAUCAUUUGACAUUUUUCUUAGAAAUGAUUUUAUCUCUUAUCCAUCACUUAUCCUUAUAUAUUGGGAAACAUCUUUUUUUUUCCCCUGGAUGGUGAACCGAGGACCUCGCGCAUGCUAGAUAAGUGCUCUGCCAGGAAGCUACCUCUCCAGCCUUCAUUUUGUUUUGUUUUAUUUAUUGAGACAGAGUCUCACUACGUAGGCCAGAGUAGCCUCAAACUCCCGGAGAUCAGCUUGCCUCAGCCUCCUGAGUGCUGAGAUUACAGGCGUGUGUCACCAUUCCCAUCCCUUUGCUUUAUUUUAAAGUAGGGUUUUCCUAGGUUACCUAGGUUAGCCUUGAACUUAAAACUCUCCAGUUUCAGCCUCCCUAGUAACUGGGAAUUACAUAUCUGUACCACCAGGUACAACUUUAUCCUAAGUUAAAUUGCUUCUACAUUAACCCAAAUGAUCACCAAAUAGCAUUAUGUUCUUGAGUAUCCUUAAUUUCGCCUUACCUUUCCGGCUGUGCGGCCAAUAGCAGGAAAUUUACUGGUCCCCUCUUUCUCAUGAUGAUGAUGAAGGAAGCAUUUAGGAUGCUCCUAGUUGGCAAUGACUGGAUGAAUGGAUGGAUUCACCUAUUGAGAAAUGUGCUUUGUGUCUCCUGAUGUCUAGCUUAAAAUAUUAAGCCAAUAAUAUAUGUUAUUUAUGAUUUAUUUUUAUUGUUAUUACUUCAAAUUGCUUUGCAAAUUUCUCUCUCUCUCUCUCUCUCUCUCUCUCUCUCUCUCUCUCUCUCUCUCUUUUGAGUCAGGGUCCCUGUGUAGCUCUGGUUUUCCUAGAACUCAUUAGGUAGACCAAGCUGGCCUCAAAAUCGCUGAGAUUCACUGGUCUCUACCUCCCGAGUGCUGGGAUUAAAGGCAUGUGCCACCAUGUCAGGCAAAGUAUAUUUUUCUGCUGCCAAAGAAUAUUUUCUUAUCUGCCAAGUUUGGGGGAGAAGGGAAAGACUGUAGUAAAUGAUGCAUAUUUUCUUUUAAUAUAUCAGUUUAUUCUUUAUAGUAUAUUUGUUUGGGAAGGAAGUGCCUAUUGAUUAUGGAUCAUGUACAGUUAGUUUAAGGGGAUACAUAGGUAUCUGGAACUAUAUCUUUGUUGUCAUUAAUCCCAUCCCUUCCUACCUGUGUAUUGAGUUGUGAUGGAUAUAUCUGAAACACUGUCAUCUCUCCUUGUCUGUGGGCUACAUAUCUGUAGGUGCAGUCAGCCACACACCGAAGAGAUCUGAAAAAAUUGUGUAUGUAGGAAACAUGUGCCGAAUAGCCUUUCUUCUUUCUUUUCUUCCCUAAGCAAUACAGCACAACAGUUAGCUAUUGCAUUGUAUUAGAUAUUAUAAUGACCUAGAAACAAUAUAAAUUCUAAAGAAGAUGUGAGCAGGUUCUAUGUAAAUACUAUGCCAUUUUGUAGAUGGGAUGUGAACAUCAACUGCUAUCCUAGCAAGAAGCAGGGCAUGUUUUGCUAUCAGUCUCCCAGGGAUACUGAGGGAUGCUACAUUUGAUUCUAACUGUGAAAAGCGGUUCAAAUAAAAUAUUUUUGAAACAACCUUCCUCAUUAUCCCUUACGAAAAGUUCAGUUUGGUAUUCAAUGGUAACACUCAAGAACAGACUAUAAACACUGGGAGGAAAAAAAAAGAAGUAAU